AUAUUGAAAGAUAUAUCUCUAAGCUUACACUUAUUGAUCCGAUGCAAUCUUUAUUUAAAUAUUCUAAUUUCUAGAAAAUCGAAAUAAUAUCUCUCUCAGUAUAUAUCAAUAUUACCCGAAAUCUUUUUGAAGUUCACCACGCCGGUUUAGUGCAUUAUUUAACGUUCGGCAUAAUCCUAGCACGCAGCACAAAAGAAAAAACACUCUGACACUUCAUUCAGAACAUCCUCAAAUCUUCCAACCGCAGCGCAGCCUUUGUUUCAUCCCCUUGAAAUCUCCCGCAAGCUCCGAACUUUGGGAUUGUCUCCAUCUCUGGGUUUAAGGUUAGAUUGACUGACUGAUCGAUCAUCUCAGAUCUUGCAAAUUCAGACGUUGGUUCCUUUGAUCCUCUUGGGAAGGUAUGGACUUGUUCUCUUCCCUGUACUUAUCGGCAAGAAACUUCGCGCAUGACGUCUUGUAUGCCGUCAUGGAGACAUACGAGACGGAAGAUGACGACCAGGCACAACCAACAGUUGCAACCUUGCCUACUGAUGUGUUGACGGAGAUUUUGCUGCGACUCCCUGCUGAGAACCUUGUUCAGUUGAAGAGCGUCUGCAAGCGAUGGCAUAGGUUGAUCAAUAGCAAGGACUUCGCCGAACUGCAUCUUCAACGGUGGAGAUUUCAGGGCGGGAUCGUGUUCAAGACGCGACGUUGCAAGAUCAAGGGCAAGGUCAAUCGGGCCUGCCACGAGCUGUUCUUCUGUUUCUCUCUCUGUCCUUACGAAUUUUAUCUGCUCUCCCAACUGUCCUUUGAAUACAAUGGCGGGGAUCUAAACGUCUACAGGCAAAAUGUGCCAUUGGAAAAUUGUUUGCAUGCUCUGAAUAUCUUCAUCUUACUCGACUCCUGCAACGGGUUGGUUCUCUGUGGAAUACCUAACCGUGAACCUCAAUUGUUCAUAUGUAAUCCGGUCACAAGAUCAUACAGGUUAUUACCUUCCCCCGAUAUUGAUUGCAAUUUGGAAGAAGUCUAUUGGACAUUUACGCAUGAUCUUUCAGAUAAAAAAUAUAGGAUUCUCGGGUUAUCAGAUACAGAUUUAUUGAUUUUCGAGUUGCAUGAAGACAAAGAUCGGCAGACGACGUGGAAGAAGCUGCACAUAAGUUCAAAUAUUCGUGUCUUUGAAUAUGAUCAUGAGAUUAUGGCCAGGGUCUUCGUGAACGGCAAAAUACAUUUCCUGGUGAAUUACUUGCAGGACGACGGCGAUGAGAGAGCCAUGGCAUGCAUGUGCUCUUUUGAUAUCAAGAUGGAAGAGGUGCAAGACGUGGUUUAUUUUCCGGAGCUCCGCCCCCUAAAGAGAAGACGUAACUUUAAAGAUGCUUUGUUCGCUUCGAAUGGGAUGUUCUACAUCGCUUAUAAUUUGAGUGGAAAGCAGUUGGAUCUGUGGGUUCUUAGGGAUGUUGAGAAUCCGAAGUGGUCUAGACUCCGGGAAAUCCAACUCGAAUCUGCUCAUGGUCUCUUGCCAAUGGGGGAAGGCGGACGGUUCGGAUGCCGUGUGAGGUCCAUGACAAUUCUCGGUGAAGGUAGUAGCUUGCUUGUUAAAUAUGGAAAGAAAAUGUUUGUCUGUGACAUGAGUUCUGGCGAAUGGAAAAGAGUCUCGGAGGUCUUCGAUGCAAUAAAUACGCCAGGUUUUUAUGGCUGGCAUAUGGAGAAGAAGCACACGCUUCAUGUCAGCAGCCUAAUCAGUUGGGGAAAUUAUUCGCAGGUUGUCAACCAGCCAUGCCGCCGCACGUCUCCGUCCGAUCCAUUUAUCUCCUUAAACAUCGAUGUUAUAUGUGUCAUAUGUGUUAUCAUCAGUAUGUGCCUUGGCUUGGCUAUUUGGGUUAGGCUUACUUUUUCCGGUGGAUUUGCCUUAUUUUAUAUGUGCGAGUGAUGAUGGUGAUAAAAGGAGUUUGGUUUUGAUUCA